AUGGAGACUAAAGGAGGACGAGAGUUAGCAAACUUUGCUCUACAUCGAGCAACUCAAACAUUUUUGAAGAAUGUUCCGGCAAUCAAUCUCUUCAACGCAAGGUUUAAGGAACAAAUAAAGGACGUGCAUAAUGCUCGUGCUGCGUUUCUUCGGUGUGAUACAGAAUUUAAUUCUAACUUCAUUCAAAAUGUUAUAAAGGAAGCUAAUAUGGAAAAGCGCCUGGGAAAUUUGGAGGCAGCUUCUAAUGUAUAUGAGAAAGCACUUGAAAUGGCAGCAGAGAGAAAGAAAUUGCAUGCUGUUCCCAAUCUGUAUAUCUAUUUUUCCCGGCUUAAGUACAUGAUCACUGGUAGUGUAGAUGCUGCUAGAGAUGUAAUAAUUGAUGGUAUACAACAUGUGCCUCUCUGCAGAUUACUACUAGAGGAGUUGAUAAAAUUUGCAAUGAUGCAUGAAGGAUCAAGACAAGUGAAUACAGUUGACUACAUCAUUGCCAGUGCAAUAUCCCCUGGGCCAGAUGCAUCCCAAGGUUUGAGCACUAAAGAUCGAGAGGAAAUAUCAUGCUUAUAUUUGGAGUUUGUUGACCUCUGUGGAACUAUCCAUGAUGUGAACAAGGCAUGGCAUCGUCACAUGAAAUUGUUUCCACACUUGACAAGGACCGCCCCUGCAUAUGAGAGCCCCACCACAGGUAGCCAAUUGUUGAACAUGACCAUGGAAGGAAGACAUAGCAAUCCUUUUGCUUUGCUUCUGGAAGACAGAGGCCAUGGUUCUGCCCAUGGAGCCCAGCUCGCAUUGCAAGAACAGGAACGAAUACUGCCAAAAAAUCAAACCAUCCAGCCUGACCAGGUUUUGACAGACCAGACCCAACCAGAAGACCAUAACAACAGUGCACAGGAGAGAAAGCAACAGUCACCGCGUAAAGUUGCAACACAAUUCAGAGAUGAUGAAUCUGGAGUAAAUGAAUUAAUCCAUGACUCUGGACAUAAAUCUGGAGAUGAUGCGUCUAGACCAAUUGAUUCAAGUCCUGAUUUUGUAAACCACCCUAGAGAAGGUAUAUAUGGAUCAGUGGAGUCAAGUCAAGAUUUAGUUCUCCAAUCUGGUGAAGAUGCACCAGGACCAUAUGAGUCAAUUUAUGAGGCGGAGCAGCCAUCAGGGCCAACUGCACCUUUGGAAGGUUCACAAGUGUACUCUGAUUUAAUCAAUAUUCAGCAGGAACGUGACCAUGAAUUUGGUCAGCAUCUGAACCAGUGUUUGUCGAAGAGUAUUUCCUCAAAUUUUCAGUGGAAGGAAACCCAAGAAUUACUGACUAUGGCAUCUAGGGAGGAAGACGUACCACAAGAAAUCUCCACUUCUAAUGGAAGAAUACUAGAGGAUUGCCAGAAUGCUAAGGGAGAUCUUUCUAUGGCCUGCCCGAACAGCAUUCCAGCUGCUGAUUAUGCUCAAUUCGAGAACAAAUCAGAUGGAAAUGAGUUAGUAGGUCCCUCAUCUUCAGCAAGUCAUCAGGAUCCUACCACAACACGACUACAUUCACAGCUAGAGGGUACUUCACAUAGCAGUGAAAGCUGGCAUCAAACGUAUAACAUGGUUACAGCUUCCGUAAGUGCAAGUUCUGAGUUUCAUGAGCGUCCACAAGAUCAACAGGGUCAACAACAGCAGGAUUCUCCAAAGCAACAACACCCAUCUGCUGAAACAUGCGCCACGAGUCAAGGUAAGUGCUACUCAGGGGAAUUUACCAUCUGCUCAUGCCUGGGCACAGCUUAA